UAUAUCUAUACCGCUGUUUAAUUUUAUUCUAAAACAUAUUCUGCUAUUGUUGGUGUUCAUUGUUUUUGUAGUAUUUCUGUAAUUUUACAUGUUAAUCGCAUUUAAUUCUAGAGAACAGUAAACACCUAGACCAGCAUCUUAAACGUUUUUGCUUUAGUGUACACAGUACUAAUAAAUCCGAAAAUGGACUGCAAGGAUGUGGUGGAAUCUAAUAAUUAUAACGAUGCAAAAGAACACUCAAUGUCUCAAGAGGCAGCCAGUACUAUUAACAACUACACAGAACUAGAAGACCAUGUAAUGAGCAACUUUCAGAAACUUAAUUUACCUAAUGUAAAUGUACCUGAGAAAAUAAUAAUUUGUCUGGAUGUUUGUUACGAUGAUCCAAACUCGAUGUACCGCUUGGGUGAUGGUUCUACCUACAUUCCUAUAGAUAUGCUUAAAAGGGUUCUAGAUUUUUUCAUUCACUCUAAGAGUGCAAUCAACAAAAGAACUGAAUUUGCAUUACUCAUAUUGAAAGAUGAUGACUCUCAUUUUGUGCAAGACUUUACUAAUCACACAAAAGAUAUAAUAAAUGCAAUAGAUAUAGUGAAAAGCGAAGAAAGUACAAAAGAUAAUUUUGACUUACAAGGAAUAUUUGAAACAAUAGCUGAGAAAAUUGUCAUACCGGCUUACAAUGAAGCUAAAUGUCUAGAACCACCACCGUAUGUUGUGCGUAUGCUAAUGGUGUAUGCAAGAUCAAAUUGUCUACCUACAAUAAAUGUAAAAGAUCCAUAUUUCGAGCUCCUGAGGAAGAACCCUUACUUGUAUAUUGAUAUUUUAUUUGCACACGAAGAAAAUUGUGCUCUGUAUAAAUGUGAAGAGGUUUAUGAUGCAUUGCAAGAUUUGGACAAUGGAUAUUCCUAUGUGUUUGAGGUGUCAAGAAAUGCUACCAAAAUUCAUGACUGUGUUGCCAAAUUACUUGCACACCCCCUACAAAGGCCAUUGCAAAAAAAUACUGAUUAUUCUUUUCCUUUUAAAUACUAAUUUCAAUUAUAAUGAUUCAUAAAUGAUUCAAUAGAAUACA